AUGGACUUUUACUUCCUCCCAAUCCCGCCAUGGCUGCGGUACGACAGCGCGAAACUGAUCCAAUUCGGCAUAUUGCUGAACCUCGUCUUUGCGGUCGCGAGCACUUUUACGGCGGCAAACUUGUACUAUUGCCAGCCUUUGCUGAUCCAGCUUUCCGACUCUUUUGGCGUGUCCCAUAGCGAAGUAUCGAGAGUCCCAACGCUCAUCCAAGCCGGCUAUGCAACGGGCCUCCUCCUCAUCUCCCCCACGGGCGACCUCGUCCGCCGCCGCCCGCUCCUCCUCCUCCUCGUCGCCUCCUCCACCUUGCUCACCCUUGGCCUCGCCCUAACGCGCUCCUUCUCCGCCUUCGCCGCACUCUCCUUCCUCACUGGCCUCGCCUCCGUCGCACCGCAGGUCCUCAUCCCACUCGCCGCCGACCUCGCACCGCCGCACCGCCGCGCCCAAGCCAUCGCGACCGUCUUCUCCGGCCUCCUUGUCGGCGUCCUCCUCGCGCGCGUCCUCGCCGGCGUCAUCGCACAAUUCACGACUUGGCACGCAGUGUACUACCUCGCUGCGGGCGCACAGGCGGCCGUGCUCGUCGCGUUGUGGGCGGCGCUGCCCGACUGCCCGCGGAAGGACGCCGGGGUGGGGUAUUUCGGGGUGUUAGCGUCGACGGUGCGGCUCGCGGUGACGGAGCCAAGGCUUGUGCAGGCAUGCAUCGUCAUGCUAGCGUCGAGCGCGUGCUUUGCGAAUUUCUGGGUCACACUCACCUUCCUCCUCGGCGGGCCGCCGUACAACUUCUCCACGCUCGGGAUUGGACUGUUUGGCCUCGUGGGGUUGUUCGGCGCCGCGCUAGGCCCGCUCGUCGGGCGCACGAUCGACGCGGUCGUGCCGUGGCAUGCGACGCUCGCCGCAACCAUGGGCCUGCUCGCGAUGCACGCUAUCUACACCGGUGCGGCGGGCGUCCACAUCGCUGCUGUCGUCGUCGUCUGCCUCGGGCUCGACCUCGCGGACCAGGUGCAGCAGGUGUCGCUCACGACGGCCGUCUUUGCGAUAUCGCACGCGAUGCGCGCGCGCCUCAACGCUGUCCUCAUCCUCUCCAUCUUCGUCGGGCAGGUCAUGGGUACCGCGGUCGGCACGCGCGUGUUCGUGCGCUACGGCUGGCGCGCGGCGGCCGCGCUGUCGCUCGGGUGGACGGCGCUCCAGGUCGGCAUGCUGCUCGCCCGCGGGCCGCACUGUGCGCGGUACACGUGGGUCGGGUACGAGGGCGGGUGGGCGUGGCGCAGGGACGCUGGCGCCGACAGUCGCGUAGGAGUCAGUACACGUGCUGAGACGGACAGAGAGCGGAAGGCGGAGGCGGAGGUGGUUGAGGCUGGGGCCGAUGUGGAGAAGGGCGACCUGAAGGCGCCGGCUGUCUGA